UUGCUCGCGGGGUACCGAGUGGCACACUAGCCGCGUAUAAAAGCUCCAAGACGCUGAGCCAAAGUCAAUUCACUCUCUCCUCUCCACUGCACUCUCACUUGUAAGCGAGUCAACAUGAAGACCUCACUUGUUAUCGUUGUCCUGAUGGCAUGUGCCAUUUCCGCCCAGUUCCCAGCCGGUUGGAACUAUAAUCCAUUCCUUUACUACCCCUACACCGCACAACAACCGCCUGUCCAGGAAACUACCGAAGUUGCUGCCGCUCGUGCCAUUCAUCUGGCCGCCCACGCUUCCGCAAGAGGAUCUCGCGUAAUCGUCUCCCAGCCUACCCCUGUACCUGUAUGGGGACAACCGGGUGCGAUCCUGGACACUCCUGAAGUUUGGGCGGCUAAGGUUGAACAUUACCGCGCUCAUUCUGCUGCUGCUGCUGCCAAUGGAGUCGUAUCGACGCUGCCACCUCUGCAAGUGGUUAACUGGGGAGUUCCUCAACCAGUUCAAGACACUCCUGAAGUAGCUGCCGCCCGCGCUGCCCAUUUGGCUGCUCACGCCGCUGCUCGUGGUAAACGAUCCAUCCAGGACACUCCUGACGUGAUGGCCGCCACCAUCGAACAUUACCGCGCUUACAACGCUGCCGCUGCUGCUAAUGGAAUCGUGGCAUACUUGCCCGCACGUUACGCCAAUAUGCCGUGGGGAAUCCCUCAACAAGUGCAAGAGACUCCCGAAGUAGCUGCAGCCCGUCGUGCUCACCUGGCCGCUCACGCUCAUGCCGCUGCACGAGUAGCCAAAGUAAUUCCCGUCCAACCGGCCCCUGCACCCGUGUGGAGCCAACCGGCUGUGAUCCAGGACACACCCGAAGUUCACGCUGCUAAACUAGAUUUCUUCCGCGCUUUCAACGAGGCUGCUACUCGCUCUGGUUAACUGGUUGUCACUUCACCAACUUAGCCAACAGUCUUCCCAACAAACAUAGCCGAAAUCUGCCCAUCCAAAACCAACCACUGUGUGAUAUUCUAGAAAGCGGAAUUUUCUUACGAUUGAAAACGCCACAAUGAACUUGCUGAUGCUGUUGUAAAAUAUACUUCUGUUGACACGAA